CUCUUUAUUUGAUCAAAACUUUGGAUGGCAAUGCAGCCCAGCCCACAACUCAAUUGGACCAAAAACUUGUAAACGGGAGGAGAUGAUGCCGGAUAAGAUCAGUGCGUUUUUUUUUCUUUUUGUGGAACUUUGAUUGAUUUGAUAAUGUGAAGGAAAGUACGAGAAAGUGGUAACGAGGAGCAAAAACAAAUCGAAGAAGGAGAAAUGGGAAGUUCAUCGAAUGAUGAUUUCUCGGUGGUGGUGCUUGCUUCAGAUUUGGGUGUUGACGCGCGUCCUUUCUUAGCAAACCAAGACAGAGAAAUCGAAGACCAAGAUAACUGGCAUGACUGUUCUCAGGAUUUCUCUGAUGAAGAUUUCUCCGACCUCGAUGUCCUCCACUUCUUCCGCUUCCAGGGCUCUGAUAAAUCUGGUAAUCGCAUUAUCCGCAUCGUUGGAAAGUACUUUCCCGCUCCUGUUGUUAGUGGGGAGCGGCUGAAGAAAUAUAUAUUCCACAAGAUAUGUAGUGAGUUGCCUGAAGGUCCAUUCUGCAUAGUUUAUGUGCAUAGUACAGUGCAAAAGGAAGACAACUCCCCUGGUGUUACUAUCAUGAGGUGGAUUUAUGAAGAACUUCCUUCUGAGAUCAAGGAUAGGCUGCAAGUUGUCUACUUCAUACACCCUGGGCUUCGUUCAAGGCUUGUCUUUGCCACUCUUGGCCGACUUUUCUUAAGUGGAGGUUUAUACUGGAAGAUCAAGUAUGUAAACCGCCUACAGUACCUUUGGGAUGACAUAAAGAAAGGAGAGGUUGAGAUUCCUGAAUUUGUGCAAAACCAUGACAAGGUUCUCGAGCACCGACCCCUAACAGAUUAUGGCAUUGAACCAGAUCCUCUUCACUUAACAGAGGUACCUAGUGCAGCCUACUCAUUAGGUAGGUAUGAAGAGAGAUUGGCCUCAAGGGAAUUCAUGUCUUAGCUAUGAUAUUAAAUACACAGCUGAAAACCCACUGAAAAGGUUAGCAAGCUCUGCCUGUAAAAACAAGAAUUCGGAAUUGUACAUAAUAGUCUUUUAUCCUGUGCCUUAUUCACUGAGAAGUCACUGCAUUGUACUUUUAAAUUACAAAAAUUUGAUGUUGUAUGGUAGACAUUUAUAUAUGGAUGUAUUCUGUUUCAUCUCUGAU